CCUGCCGUCUUCUCGCAACACAGGCAGCCGGUCCUUUAAAAUGUGGCGUUCAACACGACAAGUUUCGCAGCGUUAUUCGCUUCUGCUCACCGGCAGGCAACAAAAAUCCAGGUCACCCGUUCAGAGCCGUCUGCAGUCAACCAACUCUGGAAGUGGACCAGGCAAAACAAUAGCUCUUGCAACUGGCGUGGCUACUGUGGGCAUUGGUGGGGCUCUUGCUUACGCAAAAUUUGACUCGGACUUCAGGCACAAACUAGAAAGCAGCCUUCCUUAUGGUGACUCCCUCAUUGGCAACAUUCUUGGACCGGCUGAAGCACCCAUUAAACAGCUGCCUGCGGAGAAGGUGAAGGAAAAGGCCCUGGAGUCUAGCCUCUUACGCAAAAAGGCACCAGUGGAGCCAUCAAGGAGCGAACUGAAGCCUGCUUUGCCACCACCACCUCCAAUUACUGCCGCUCCGCACACACCUGUAAAAGAGAAGGCACCGUCACCUCGUGAUUUAGAAGCAGAAGCUCAAAGACAACUACAAGAUAUCAAGGAACGAAAUGAACGGCUCAACUUUGCAUUGGAGCAGUCACUUCGUGAGGCUCAACUGGACUUGGAGAGGCACACCAAGGAUGCAGUGGUGGCACAGUUAGAAGCCAAGGAAGCUGCGCAGAUAUACGCUCGCAAGUUGUACAGAGCCAUCGAUGAAGCCAGGGAUAGUGAAGACCAGUACAUGUGGGAUGAAGCUUUGCAAGCAAAAGAGGCAAAGUUGGCUGCUGUGCAGAAGGCUGCUGUGAAAAGUGAACAGGCAUGGAAAUCCUUAGAAAACCUCCGUAGUGCCAUCAAGAAAGGCCAAGAAAAUAAGGACACGCAAAAUAACUUGGCAAUCAGUCCAGCUGAACAUGCUGCAACAGUCGCCAGGGACCAACUUCGAAAUGCCGAGUCUGAGUCACGAUCAGCCAAAGAGGCAGCCAAAACAGCAAGUGACUACAAGGAAGCUGUUGAAAAAGCUAGACUUCAUUUUCAGAAAGAAAUUGAGGCUUUGCUUCCGGAUACCAAAUUUAGUGAACCAGGGCAGAAGCUGUCUGAAGAUGAGCUGAAUUUGCUACUUGCUCAUGCCCACCGGAAGAUAGAAAACUUGACCAAGGCUCAUGUCAAAAUGCAGGCAACGGAACACGAACGAGCCCAGAUGUUCCAGCGGCAACAAGAACGUGUGGCCAAGGACUUGGAAAGGCAGCGGGCUGAGCUGGAUGCAACACUUGAAGUGAAGCUGGUGAAGCAGCAGGAAGCUUUUGAGCACGAACUGCAGCAGCAGCUGCGUCGCCAAGUGGCGGCACACACAGAACAUCUCAAGGAGGCCCUGGAAGAGCAAAGGCAGGAGCUAAACCGCAUGUUUGGCCUGGAGGUGGAAAAGAAAAUAAUUGAAGAGCGUGCACAGCACAAUGCAGCCUUAUCUUCCUCGGUUGCUAAGCUCCAGGGCAUGGAGGAAUACCUGAAGGCACGAGAUGAAUUGGAUCGGCUGUCACAACAGGCCAAGGGUCUCUGGCUUGCUUGCCAGGGCCUGAGGCACACUCUAGUUCAUGGGCCAGCCAGUGGCACCAGUGGGCCGCAGUCGCUGACAGCAGACGUGCAGCUGGUGGAGCGGGCAGCACCCAUGAGCCCUUAUGUGCCCCUCGUGUUGGCCUCUAUCCCUGAGGAAGCCCUGACACGUGGUGUCUACCCAGAAGUAGCCUUGAAAGAGCGAUUUGCACAUGUGGAGCGUACCUGCCGCCGUGUUGCCCUCGUUGAUGACCAGAGACCCUCAUCACUACUUCGAUACUUGGCAUCCUACCUGCAGUCACUCUGUGUCAUCUACCCUAAGGAGCUGCCCGAGGAGGAACUUGCAGAUGAGCAGCGAGUCAACCCCGAAAUGUGGGACACUUUUGAUGUGCUCUCACGUGUGCGUUAUUGGCUUCAGCAUGAGAACCUGGAACAAGCUCUACGAUAUGCCAGUCAGCUGCGUGGACAGCCAAGGCUGGUGGCCCAAGAUUGGAUCCACGAACUUCGACUGCAUCUUGAGGCUCGCCAAGCAGCCUCUGCUCUCAUGGCCUUUGCUGCGGCAACUAUUGCUGAAGAUGCUGAGUAACUGAAACAUAAUUGUUAUGCUGUGUGUGUUUAAGAGAACUCAAUUCUGGCUUCUUCUGGAGGUCCUUGUUCAGAUAGAAAUGUUGCUUCUGGUGUGUGGGCGAGGAUUGCCAAGUUACUUCCUUGGAGUGCUGCUUUUGACCAUAUUUUGUUGUAAUGACUUCUCACUGCCUUGAUUAUGGCUACAGAGCAUGAUUCCUGAAAGAGAGCUAUAGAAGGCAAUCUGAAUCUUGAGGCUCGCCAAGCAGCCUCAGCCCUCGUGGCCUUUGCUGCGGCUACUAUUGCUGAAGAUGCUGAGUAGCUGAAACAUAACUGGUAUGCUGUGUGUGUUUAAGACAACUCAAUUCUGGCUUCUUCUGGAGGUCCUUGUUCAGAGAUAGAAAUUUUGCUUGUGGUGUGUGGGCUAGGAUUGCCAAGUUACUUCCUUGGAGCGCUGCUUUUGACCAUAUUUUGUUGUAAUGACUUCUCACUGCCUUGACUAUGGCUACAGAGCAUGAUUCCUGAAAGAGAGCUGUAGAAGGCAAUCUGCAUCUUGAGGCUCGCCAAGCAGCCUCGGCCCUCAUGGCCUUUGCUACGGCUACUAUUGUGAAGAUGCUGAGUAGCUGAAACAUAACUGGUAUGCUGUGUGUGUUUAAGACAACUCAAUUCUGGCUUCUUCUGGAGGUCCUUGUUCAGAUAGAAAUAUUGCUUCCGGUGUGAGGGCUAGGAUUGCCAAGUUACUUCCUUGGAGUACUCUUUUGACCAUAUUUUGUUGUACUGACUUCUCACUGCCUUGACUAUGGCUACAGAGCAUGAUCCCUGAAAGAGAAGGCAGUGUUCUGAUAGCACAAUUUUUUCAUGUGCCCUUUAUUUUCAUUCAUUUUGUCAAGCUGGCACAUCUGCUUUGUAAACCGGCAGCAUGGUUUUUCAUGCUUAGGAUGCAAAAUUUCGUACUGGUUAAGUUGGUGAAAUAAUGCUUGUGAAACUGUGUGACACUUGACAACUAUAGUUUUGCUUGCCUGCUGGGACAGUAUGUUAUAGAAUUGAAGGCUGUGACAAUAAGAAGUCAGUAGCAAGCACCGAGGCCUCAAAGCUCUAUAUAUGGAAUAGGAACUAGGUGGCCUUGCGUGCAUCAUGUGCUUGUAUAGUCCCUAGUCCAACCUUGCCUUAUUGUGCGAACUUCGCUCACAUUAUUGUGAAAACUUCGCUCAUAUCUGUCUUACAGUAAUGAUAGUGUGCUGAGAUUAGUUUGGGUAUUGAAAAGUCAAGCAACUUCUAAGAAUCAUGUGAAUGGGGCUUUAGAAUCCCAUAGGAGCUGAAAAUAAAUGUGCAUUUUUGCAAAAUUGUAUUGGGCA